UCUCCAGAGAUGGAAAAUGUUCUCCCUGCAGUCCAUCUUGGGCCUUCCACGCCCGGGAGCCCAAUCGUUCUUGCUGGGCUCGGGCAGAGAGCUCUCCUCUCGUUGGCCUUCCUUCCCCAUGGGGCAGAGGCCGAAAGGGACUUUCCAAAUAACCUCCAACCUGCUGCAGCAGCUCAUCCACAGCGCUCAGGAGCUAGAAGAAGCCGAGCAGCUGGGCGAAGGGGCAUCCUCAGAGUCCUCGCAGUCCGAGAUGCCGAAUUUGGAGGAGGAAUUUGAUGGGGUCCUGAGAGAAGAGGCUGUGGCCAAGGCACUCCAUGAAUUGGGGCGCUCAGGCCCUGGGACUGAGCAGGUCUACCUCAACCUAAAUUUAUCACACCAUGAUUUAAUUGACAUUAGCAUUCUCUGUGAAUAUGUUCACUUACAGAAGUUGAAUCUUUCAGCCAACAAAAUUGAAGAUUUGUCUUGUGUGAGUUGCAUGCCUUAUCUUCUAGAACUUAAUGCUUCUCAAAAUAAACUGACUACAUUCUUCAAUUUCAUGCCACCCAAAAAUCUCAAGAGGGUGGAUUUUUCCUCCAACAAAAUUUCUGAAAUGGGUGAUCUGUCUGCAUACCAUGCUCUCACUCAGCUAAUUUUGGACAACAAUGAGAUAGAAGAAAUUGGUGGACUGGAGAUGUGCAUCAGCCUAACUCACCUGAGCUUGACUGGCAACAAGAUCAAGACAAUCAGUGGCUUAAAUGCAUUACCCAUCAAAAUCCUUUCUCUGAGCAAUAAUCAGAUUGAGGUGAUCACGGGUUUGGAGGACCUGAGAACCCUGCAGAGCCUGGACCUGUCCCACAAUCAGAUCAGCAGCCUCCAGGGCUUGGAGAACCACGACCUGCUAGAAGUGAUCAACCUAGAAGACAACAAGAUUGCUGAGCUGGGUGAAAUAGAAUACAUUGAAAAUCUUCCUAUCCUUCGAAUUCUCAAUCUUCUGAGAAAUCCAGUUCAGGAAAAAUCUGAAUACUGGCUCUUCGUAAUCUUUAUGCUACUGCGGCUGACGGAAUUGGAUCAAAAGAAGAUUAAAGUGGAAGAAAAGGUCUCAGCAGUGAAUAAAUAUGACCCUCCCCCUGAAGUGGUGGCAGCCCAGGAUCACAUGACCCAUGUUGUCAACAGCAUGAUGCAGCCACAGAGGAUCUUUGACAGCACUCUCCCCAGUCUGGACACCCCCUAUCCCAUGCUGAUACUGGUUGGUCCACAAGCCUGUGGGAAGCGAGAGCUUGCACAACGCCUCUGCAGACAGUUUAAUACUUACUUCAGAUACGGGGCCUGCCACACCACAAGACCACCUUACUUUGGAGAAGGGGAUCGAGUUGAUUAUCAUUUUAUCUCUCAAGAAGUUUUUGAUGAAAUGCUGAGCAUGGGGAAAUUCAUUCUAACAUUUAAGUAUGGCAAUCACAGUUAUGGAUUAAAUAGGGACACAGUAGAAGGUAUUGCCAGAGAUGGGUUAGCAAGCUGCAUUCAUAUGGAAAUAGAAGGUGUAAGAAGUUUGAAAUAUUCCUAUUUUGAGCCUCGAUAUAUCUUGGUGGUGCCUAUGAACAAGGAAAAGUAUGAGGGCUACUUAAGGAGGAAAGGAUUAUUCAGUCGUGCAGAAAUUGAAUUUGCUGUCUCCAGAGUGGACCUUUAUGUUAAAAUUAAUCAGAAAUUCCCAGGCUACUUUGAUGCAGUGAUCAAUGCAGAUGAUCUGGAUGUUGCCUACCAGAAGCUGAGUGAGCUCAUUAGAGAAUAUCUGGGAUUGACUGAGGAACCUGAUAAGACUUUGGCUCCAACCACAGAUAUUGAAAAAUCUCACAAGCAAUCUGGAGACUAUCAUAGGGAGAGUGAUGCUCGAAGGACGAGUGAAUUCUUGGAUUCAACAGACAGAAACUACUUCGUUAAAUUGUGGGCCAAACUUUCAGCCAAAAAGUCACCAGUGGAAAGAGAUUCUCUGUACAGACAGCAUGAGACUGCCCGGCAGGCACUCAUGGGAAAGACACCUCCUGAUCACAUGCUACUGUUUGGAAGGGGUCUAGUACAGGUACCUGCGGUCACCAGUCUACAGUAUUUUUCAGCAUUAGAGGAAAUGCAGAAAAAUGUUGAGCUCUAUGAAGAUUAUUUUAAAUUACCCUUGGUAUCACAUCCUGAAAAAAGCCAGGAUGUGUCCACUAGAUAUUCUACAUUAUUCCACCCUUGUCCGUGGUCAAAAGAAUAUCCUUUUCAACAUCCAGAGGGCGGUGCUUCAAGCCCCAGAUCCAGUGGCAGCGCUGGUGAGAUGGAUAAGGUCUUAACAGGUCUGGACUCAGGGAAAUGCCAGGAGCAGCACAGCCAGAGGGAAGCUGAGGCAGGGUCUUCAGGGACAGUCACUGGAUCUGUAGGUUUUAAGGCUUCUGGAUUCCCAGGAGCCAAGAAUGAGCAGAAAUUCAGAACCUCUUAA